UUAUAUUUCAUCAUCCUUACAAAAAUAUUAUUUAAAUUGAUAAUUUAUGAAUGAAAAUUAAGACAAACAAUAAAAUGCCACCAUCAGAAGGUCCGGGUAAAGAACUCGACGAGAAAUGCGAGGAACUUAUUGUUAAAUAUGUAUCAGACAUAAGAAAUGGAAAGCUAGAGGGAUCUUUAAACAUAGCAAUGGCUACUGUUUCACUGUUAGAGCAGAUUGUAAGUGAUUCCCAGAACCCCACUGCUUUUGAGCUAUGCAGUACAAUCCGUGCAGUGGGGCGGCAGAUAUUACGCGCGCUGCCGCAGGAGCUGGCUGCUGCUAACAUGGUACGCCGCGUGCUGCGCGCAGUCCGCGAUGAACAACCGUCUAAUGCUAACCAGAGUGGUGAGGGUGCGGGGGAGUCGCUGCAGCGGCUGGUGUUGGCGCCGCACUCGCUCGCCGCGCCCGCUGACAACAAGGACCUUAUUGAACCUGUCAGAGAUUUCAUCGCUGAGUUACGCGGCGAGCUGGACGCGAGCACGCAGGCGGUGUGCGAGCAGGCUCGCGAUGAUGGCAGCAGUGCAGGAAGCCCAAAGGAGGCGUGCGUGGCAGCGUCACCCCCUCCCGCGCACGCGCACGCCAAGCGCGAAGUGCGCCACCCGCACGGGCCGCACCCCGCGCACCUCCCUCCGCAUCACCCCCACCACCCGCAGCAUCACGACCAGAGGAGACUCAGUGUCGGAGCUGGUGCUGGAGGGUCGCGGCGUGCGGAGCGCCGCGCUGCGGGCCCUUCGGAGAGGCGACGUCCUGAGAUGAGGCUGAGCCCGGGCGCGGGGGCGGGGCCGUCCGCGGAGCCCCACCUGCUCCACGCCCCGCACCACGCAGCUCACCAUCUGCACCACAUGGUAACACGUUACUCACAACAAUACAUCAUGAUAUGA